AUGGACGUGGACGGAAAUCGUCCCGAGGCAGUGUCCACUGACCGCGACCCUAUACCUCACAUAUCCCACCAACGCGCUUCAUCGGAGCCAAUUGAUUUCAGGUUGCCUCGACACAGCAUUGGCUAUGUGUUCGAUGCGCGGAUGAUGGCCCAUAGUUGUCUCGAUGGGCACCCCGAACAACCUGAACGUAUAGUAUCAAUAUAUCGUCUCCUGGCGGAAAACGGAUGCUUAGAGAAGAUGAAGCACAUUCCAAUACGAAUGGUCAAAAAGCAGGAGGCUUUACUUGUUCAUAGUGAAGAACUCUGGGACAAGGUCCUUGCUAUAUCCAGGCUUCGUGCACAGGACAUCGAGGAUACCAAGCGGUACUACGAGCUGAUGUCGCUUUAUGUGAACCCACAUACCCCAUCUGCAGCACGUCUUAGUUGCGGUGGAGUUAUAGAAGCAACUUUAGCUGUGGCGCGGGGCGAAGUACGAAAAUCGUUUGCAAUCGUUCGCCCUCCUGGACACCAUGCGGAGCCUGAGGAGCACAUGGGCUUCUGUUUCUUCAAUAACGUCGCUGUUGCGGUAAGAGUGGCACAGCAACUCACCAAGAUCAGGAAAGUCUUGAUAUUGGAUUGGGAUAUUCAUCAUGGAAACGGCACACAAAAAGCGUUCAACGAUGACCCCGAUGUUCUGUACAUAUCGCUUCAUCGAUACGACGCUGGACAGUUCUAUCCGUCGACCACAUUCGGGGCGAUGAAUUCCUGUGGAGAAGGGCCGGGAAUCGGCUUCUCAGUGAACAUACCUUGGCCUGGUCCCGGUAUGCGAGACGCAGACUAUUUGCAUGCCUUCCAAAAGAUCGUUAUGCCGAUAGCGAUAGAGUUCGCUCCCGAACUAGUCAUCAUCUCGGCUGGGUUCGAUGCGGCGGAUGGGGAUGAGCUUGGCGAAUGCCAUGUAACACCCACUGGAUACGCACAUAUGACACAUAUGCUUUCGAGCUUAGCAGGUGGCAAGCUCGUCGUUGCUUUGGAGGGAGGCUACAACUUACAGUCGAUUGCGAACUCCUCUCUGGCUGUGGCGAAGGUGAUACUAGGGGAAGCGCCGCCCCAGAUCGCGCCGAUGGUGGCCAGUGAGCUCGGGACAGAGACGGUCUGGCAGGUCGCACGUCAACAGAGCAAGUGGUGGAAAAACGUGGAUCCAAAGGCUUGCGAACCAAAAUCAGAGGUGGGCGAUAUUGCGUAUUCCAUCCCAGAGAUCCUCAAGGCACAUCGACAAAGCUACUUGUAUGAAACGCACAAGCUCCACACCAUUCCCUUACUUCCUGCGUAUGAGGAAUUGUUCUCCGCCCAGGUCGCGUGCACGGCAGAUAUCCUUGAUAACCCCACGUUGAUUGUUUUCGUACACGGGUUCGGCGAAAUGCGUGUCGAACUUGAAGGUGCCAUGACAUGUAAUAUGGAUUUGGAACGUUCUUACCUGUUAGAUGUAUCGAAAAAAAUGAUUGAAUGGGUUCGUGUGGAGGGAUACGGCCUUAUAGACCUAAAUAUCCUUGAAAAUGUCCCGAAGAGCGCGACUCCGGUGAGGUGGCGCGCCAGGACAGGAACCUUGAACAGAAAUCUUCUGACGUAUAUGUGGGACAACUACAUACAAUUAUCAAAGGCGAAGCAAGUGGUUUUGAUCGGCCAUGGUCCGGGUUGUGACGUAGUCAUUGAGACGAUCAGCGAGCGGGCUUCUAGCGUGCCGAAAAUAGUGAUCGCAGUCAUUCAAGUCGUAGGGCUCAGCAAACUGCCACUUUUACCGAAGAAAUCUAUGGAAAUCCUUGGCUGGUACAGAGCUUGCUCUCAAGUUUUCGUUCCCAAAAAUCAUCCAAUAUUUUCAGAGGGAAAAAUUCUGGGCAGGCAUGGGCAUGUCAUAGCUAGCGGUACGCUUGCGGUCAGGGUCGAUCUCAUUUGGCUGAUUAUUCAAAUCUACAGACGAGGAACGAGCUAUCAGAAUGCUCUCUCUGGAACUGCCGGUCAUCCAAGAAUUCAUCAAGAGCAAACUCGUUUCCGAGGUGGUAGAUCAGAUGCAAUCCGUUGGAUUGUCUGA